CGGACUACUUCACUAUCUCAUUACUGACAUGCUUGUUCCAUGAGGCCAGGUGCCUCGUUGGCUAGCCAUUAAUUCUGACGUGCGCCUAUUUCUUUUUCCCCUUCUUCUCAUUCUGUUCUUCCCCGUGCGCAUCGCAUGAGCGAGGAAUGACGUCUCCCUGUUCUCGCCCAGUCGACUUCAUUUACGAAUCCCUGAUUGUCUGAUGUUGACCGGUGGGACCGGCCGAUCGAAUCCUCCUUCGCCAUGGUCGCUCCCAGAAACGCCGCAUACGCUGAGGAGAGUGCGGAGGUCGAGGUCCUCUACGCCAAUCUUGAGAAGCUGAAGCUCCUUACGAAGAAAAUUCAGGGCUCCCUGGUGCGUUUGGAAACCGGCGGAAACGUGGUCAAGCAUGCCAUCGGGCCUAUCUACAGCAACACCCAAUCCCUUCAGAUCACCAACAGCAACAUCGAAAAAGUCAACGAAGCCAUUGAGCGCCUGCGGCAACCACUGAAUGCCAAAGGUCAAGAAGAAGGCAUUAUACGUUCUGACCCCCAAAGUGUCGGAGUGUCGCAAUAUCUUUCGGCUGUGAGGCGUGUGGAAAAGGCGCUAGCGGACCUGAACUCGACGAAUUUGAGGUCAAAUCAGAAAGCGAUCACAGACUUUAAUUCUUUACUGAGCCUCGGUAAUUCACAACUUCAAGACUUGCUCCGCAAGAAGCUAGGCGAGAAUGUCGGCGCCAUCGAGCCAUUACACUACUUAACAAAAGAGCUCCCGUUUCCUUCUCUCCCAGACGAUGUUGUUACGGAAUUAGGACCCGUAUGCGCCACUAUCGCGUCCGCGGCAAGCUAUGGGCCCCAGCGAGACGGCGGUAACCCCGCGCUCAAGAUCUACUCCGAUAUACGUGGACCGUACAUCACAGCGAGCUUGCAGAAUCUUGCCAUAGCCUCGUUAAAUACCGUCAAGCGCAGGGCUGCGGAUGGUCCUUAUCGACAAGGUACCAACGGUAUCGGAAUUUACUCAAACGCAUUGGAAAGUUUCAUAUAUACCGAACAUGAUAUGAUCGUCAGGAUUUUUACUGGCGGAGAGCGCGGUUUGGCUUUGCAAGCGACGUGUCGCUCGGCCUUGACAGAGUAUUCGCAGACGCUCCGGGAGCUCAACCACUAUAUCCGCGCCAACUUAAUGACGGAUUGCUUCUUGGCCUUUGAAAUCAUUGAGAUCGUUACUGCAAUGUCUUAUCGCGUCGAUUCGAAGACUGGGGAACUCAAGAGCUUGUUCAUCGAAGCUCUCCGGCCUGUUCGUGAAACAGCCAAGUCAUCCCUUUCGGAGCUCCUCGAAGAGACGAAGCGCAAGGCUGGAAGUAUCUCUAUGCUCCCGCCAGACGGCGGCUCUGUGCCUCUUGUUGGCGAGGUGAUGAGCUCGCUCACCACCCUGACUGGAUACUCCGGGCCUCUUGCAUCGAUUCUGACCUCUCUGGGUGACGGGAACUGGCACUCGACGGCUAACGCAGCCACCACGCCCUUGGAUGUCAGUCCGGAUAGCUCGACGCUUUUGUCGCAUUUCAUUUUGGACAUGAUUGAAGCUCUAAUGAUCGCGCUUGAGGCCCGAGGCCGAGCGCUUCACCGCUCCAAGGCAGUCCAGGGGGUAUUCUUAUCAAAUGUCUUUUGCACCGUGGAUCGCUCUAUCCGGUCAAGCCCAGAACUAGCGAAAUACCUCGGAUCUGGAGAUAGCAUUGCCCGGAUCGAUUCAUUCCGCAAACGGGCCACCUCGACAUACCUGGAUGCUUGGAAGGAAACGUCUCACUAUCUUUUGGAUGUGCAGUACACCUCCCGUGGAUCGGGUCGGCCAACGUCUGGAGGCGUGGUGGAUUCCAGUGCUAUCGUCAAAUCGCUGUCUUCUAAAGAUAAGGACGCCAUUAAGGACAAAUUCAAGGCGUUCAACGCCAGCUUCGAUGACUUGGUGACUCGCCACAAGAGUUUAUACAUGGAACGCGAGGUGCGCGGAGUUCUGGCUAGGGAAGUGCAGGCAGUCCUAGAGCCUCUCUACGCGCGGUUCUGGGAUCGCUAUCAUGAAAUUGACAAGGGCAGAGGCAAGUAUGUCAAAUACGACAAAGGAAGCCUAUCUGCGCAGUUGGCAGCGUUGGUAUAGAUGCGGGCAGCAUCAGCAUCUGGCACAGUGGGGUCAUACCGAAUGCCGGAGAUUGGCAGUAUAGAUGCUAAUCAUAUCUCGAGUCCAACUGUGAAAGAAGGUGGUUCGGCAAAUAUACGCAUCUUCUUGUAAUGUCU